AUGUUCCAACCCUACAACCUGACUAUGUUGGAUCAUCUUCCGCCUAGAAUGCAUCUCAAUCCAUAUUUUACAUUUAAUUUAAUUGGCAAGGAUCGUGUGCAGGUCUUCCAGCGAGUCGAGGACGCAACGUCUCGUUUGGCCUCCAAGUUUCCCUUCCUGGCUGGGGUGGUGGUUCCAUCCACCCAACCAGUCGGUAGAAGCAACGCGUUUCAGGUGCGCCCUGCUACUGCUGCCGAGCUUGAAGAAUGCCCUAUGUUGGUUAUUCAACAUCAUGCAAACUCCACUGCUCUAAGUGUGGAAGGGAAAUUCAACCCUGCUUUGGUGCCAUUUCCACUCAUCUAUCCAAAUCCUAGCCCUUCUCCCGUGCUACGGCUAAAGUUUAAUGUCAUAGGAGACAAGUUGCAUAUGGUGUGGUGCUUUGAUCACCGAGUGGUGGACGGGUCAGGAGUUUUUUUUCUGUUCUAUACUUUCGCCGCCUUCUGCCGUGAUCUAAAUGCACCAGAACCUACAACUAUACAUGCACAAGAAAAGAUAAGGCAGCAUAUCGAGGAAAUCGCAACUACAAGUACACCGCUAGAUCUUCAAAUGCCUGCCUCACCUCCCCCAACAAGCGAAGAUGAAGUACCCACAGGGUUUAGUCGAGUUCCCAUCAGUUCCCGUUAUGUACUCGAUGGCCAGAAGAUAGAAUUGCUGCACGAGGCCUGCAAUUCGGCUAUACGAUCUCUACCUGAGACAUACAAGAAAAAUAUUCCCAACCUGUCCCUCCCACCGAGUAUGGUCGUCACCGCACUGGUGGGCAUAUGUAGUACUCGCGCCCGCUUGAGAGCAUUCCCCGACGACCGGGAACUCACAUCCGAGAUAGCUGUUGCGGCAAACAUUCGAAAAGCAAUCGAUUUGCCUCCAGCAUAUCUUGGCAACGCCAUCAUGAACUUGCAGAGCACGUGUGAUAGCUCUGCGCAUCCUCCGCCUGACAUUUUGCAAAAAAUCCAUGUCCCAGGGCCUCUCAGUCCGAUAGGGCCGGAAGAUAUCUGGCAGAUCUGCAACGUUGUCCAGACUCUUCAGGAAGGAUCCAGACUCCUAGACAAGGAGUUUGCUCAGAGAAAAAUAGCAACAAUGGUUCGCGAGCAUGAUUGGAGUUCAAUCGGACCCAAGACUGGGGCGAAUUUCAUUGUAUCUGAUAUCAGCGCAGCAAAACCUUAUGCGAACUUUGGGCCACUCGGAGACCUUCAGUUAUUCGACCUGCCUUUCGAUACAUUUGCAGGCAUUUGCUGGAUAAUGCCUAACCUACCAUCUGAUCCUAAGUCAUCAUCAUGCUGGAGAUUGCGAGUGGCUUUGGAACGGGCGGCGAUGGAGUGUCUAUCGAGUGACCCUCUCUUCCGGUGGGCUUCAACUCCGAGUACAGCGUCCAGACAAACUAGAAUCUAA